CUUUGUUGCAUAAAUCAUAUUUCUUUCACCCCUCGAUGUCCUCGACAGACCGGUAAGUCAUUCUUAUUGCGACACAUUUAAUGCCACAAUUGCUUUACAACAACGUUUGGCUUUCUGUGCAGAGAAAAUCCAAAAUUUCUGCAUCUCGCAGACUGACCCUUAAGACCAAACUGCUGAAGAUGGCAAGUGCCAUGCUGGAGAAGGAGAAGGAGCAAAAGCGUCAAGAGCGAGAAUCUGCCUUGAGUGAGAGAGUUCCCCAGCUCCAGCUGUCUGGGCUGUCAGUGCAGGACCUUCAGGCUCUGUGCAAAGAACUGCACCACAAAAUCGACGUGGUUGACGAAGAGCGUUAUGACAUCGACGCCAAAGUGUCCAAGAGCAGCAAGGAGUUUGUAGAUCUGACCGCCAAGAUUUUUGAGCUGAAGGGCAAGAUGAAGCGACCCGCCCUGAAGAGGGUGAAGAUUUCGGCCGACGCCAUGUUGGGAGCUCUGUUGGGCUCCAAGGUGAAAGAGUCCGUGGACUUCAAGGCCAACCUCAAGACCGUGAAGAAAGAAGAGGAGAAGAAAGAGGAAGUGACUGACUGGCGUAAGAAUGUGGAGGCCAUGUCUGGUAUGGAGGGCAGGAAGAAGCUCUUUGAUGCAGGACAGUAGAUGAGUAGUAUUGUACGUACAUGUUGAACCUUAUGGUGUCUGGU